AUGAUCAUGAAUCUGUCGCCAUCAUCAGAACCAGAGCACGUCAUUGACAUCUUCAUCUGUCGACUGAAGCUUUUUCCAGGGCGUGUCACACUCUCAGCCUUCGCGGUCCUGCUCACAAGACUAAAAGCAGAACUAAGAGAGGUUUUGAAAUUCCCUGGGCUUUCCACUUUGAAAACUGUCGAUAAUGGUAUAUCCGAGAUUCGAACUGAUCCAGAUGGUCCUGCUACCGUGUUACAACCAAUCACAGCGAGCCUGAUGUUGCACAUGCUCAGACUUAGCAGCCAAUCAGAGCGCGCCACGAGAGUCAUUGAGGAAACACGAAGGAUUAAGCUCAAGAUCGACAUGUAUCUCCUUGCAAGAACGUUGGCAGCAGUGACCUUAGGGAGUGUGAUGUCAGGCGUUCACAGCGACACCUUCUACGCGCCAGACAGCGACUUCCUCUCCGCGCUGUACCUCUCUUCGCUAGACUUCAGUGACGUCGCCCCCCUCCAGCGCCGGAGUCUGCUGAUGUCAGAGCACUACGAGGACACCAACAGCACCGCCUUCAUCCCCAAGCCGAGGAAGAGAAGGACGAUUCGACUUCAUCCCUUGGGACUCGCGGGAGAUGUCGAAUACCGAUUCAACAUCCCGCUCGCCCCGAUCUACAACUCCACCGUGCUACUCCUGCAGAUACAGUCGGGUUACUCCGGGAAGGCGACCGGGGUUGUCGACACCGGGAAGUCCUGGGAUUAUCUGAAGCCCUUCUUGGAUAACGCCGAGGCUGUUGUGUCUCUAUUUGGCCUAAACGGGGGCGCGUGUCUCCGGCGGGCGGUGUGUGAAGUCGCUUCGGCGCCCUCGAUCCGCCCCACGGUUCAUCGGCGAGGUUCUUCAGAUCUUCGUCAGAGACUUGUUAAAGGCCGAAUACCGGCUGAAGAACUUGGAGAAGGUCGACGAAAAUACGGAGAAAUCCCUACACGGAAAAUACAUGGAAGCGGGAAGAUUCGGCAGAGAGAACGGCGACUGCCAGAGGGCCUUCCCCGAAUGCGGUGCAUCUUUUGUUGAGGGACUGAUGGACCUUUGAACAUCGCGGGAAUGUUUGUUUGAUGUAAGAAUGACAGACGCAAGGGCAUACAAAGAGACAGAUGGAAGGGGAGAGGGUGAGAGAGAAAGAGAAAGAUAGAGAGAAAUAGAAAGAGAGCGAGAGAAACAGAUUGAGAAAGAGAGGGAGAGAGAGAGAGAUACAGAGACAGAGACAGAUAGAGAGGAAGAGAAAGAGAGAGAACGAAAAACAGAGAGAAAGAAAAAGUACUUUGUAUAACAAUGGGAGUCGUAUUUCUCUUUCUUAAGAUGUUUUGUGAAGCUUAUGUUGUGGUGGUUAGAGCUGUUACUUUCUGGAUGUCAAUAAGGGCAUUUUCUUUAAGCAUAUUUCACGUAAUGCAAGACCUUACGCCUCGUACAUAACUGUGGUAUAAGUAUCAUAAGCAAUUUAUUGGUCUGUCUGCCUACUAUUUAUCUGUGUUCCCAUCUUGUUUAUCAGUAUACAAG